GUCGAGCUCGCAGGGGCGUUCUGCUUCCCCGUCAGCGAUGCCCGCCCCUUUGGACCGCGAGACCCUCAAAUCCAUGAAGCGCGCCGAUCUUCAGAGAAUAUGCAAAGACUACGGCAUCAAGGCCAACCUCAAGACGGAUGCGUUGAUCGACCUUCUUGUUGAUACCAUCCAAGGCGCGCCUCGUCCAACUCCUCAACCUCCCCAGCGUGCCCCAUCAACCAGAGCUGCCUCGCGCUCAACCACCACCUCGCGGUUACGCGGCGCAUCAUCGUCUUCUGUCAUCAUACAUGAUACAGACGAGGAGGACAACGCACACGCGGAAGAUAUACGUACCAGCCUGCCCUCGGCACACUCCUCUGAGCCCGGGGUCGCUCCGGAUUUACAACCGCGCACCCGGCGCGCGAAGAAUACCCAAUACAGACUUGGUGUUGGCAGACCGACCGUCGCCGGUGGGAGCGGCGCGCGUACCGUGACGCGUACUGCGAGUCUGGCACAGAAAGGGAAGCGGGGCAAAGGAAGUAAGAGCGCGAAACCGAUGGAAGCUGCCAUUCUGGAAGAAGAGGAACCUGACCCGAUGCUGGAAGACAUUCCCCAAGCUGGACCAUCUGGCACCGCUCAUGAACCUUUUCCUCCAGAGCCACUUGUCAUGUCCAUUCCUCCUCAACCUGUCCCCCUGCCAGAUCCUCUCGCCCAAUUUGCUGUCCUCCCCAUACCACCUGCCGACAUGUCUGAACAGUUGAGGACCUAUAUCACUAAUUUGGUUAUGCCUCUCCAGACACAGAUCCAGCUUCUUCAGACCGAUUUGCAGCAGCGACCAGCCCAAGUGGCUGAUUUGGAUGCGCUCACUGCUCAAGUGUGCUCGCUCCGGUCGGAAGUAGAGUUGUUACGUCCCCAGGCUGCUCUGGUUCCGCAGUUGCGAGCGGAGGUGCAACAGCUGCAGGAGAUGGUAUCUUUCCUCACACAGGCCACCACGGGUACCCUUGGUGUCCCGUCUGAGAAGAGUUUGGGGAAAGCUCGAGCAUCUGAUGAGGGCAGUACUCAAACUAUCGUAGGAGGGAGCGAGGUGUCGCACGCUACUUCCGUGCAACCUCCGCCUGGAAUGACUCAAUCCUUACUGGGAAAGCGCCAUCGAGACCUGGACGAUAGUCAGGCAACAGAUCUGGGCGAGGCAGCUCAGGAGAGCAGACGUGGUCAGGAGGAUCGAGAGCAACGGGCGACGAAGCCGACUCGUAAGCGCCCUAAACUCUCUGAUCGGGACGGUUCCCAGCAGGGCUCAUCAAGUCAACCCACGAAACCGGAGAGUGAUGAGGCAGAUGACACAGGGAACGGCGAAGGGCAGCCUGCCCCCCGGCCGACCUUCACCGUCUUCCAGGGUCCCGAAGAACCGCCAGAAGCCUACCUCGACCCCCCUCCUCCGACAACUCAUUUGUCAGAUCUCUUUCCGUUUGAUGCCGGAUCUGGACAGGUAACGCCUCCGAACGCGGGGGGCGCCAUUCCCCGCCCACCAGGCGCCGACGAGAAUGCAACAAACCAUCCGAAUUUCAACUUCGAUUUCAACCCAGACCUUUUCAACCCUAUUACGUCCACGCCGUUCGACAUGAGCCUGCCUCCUUUUACAUACCCUGAGCCCCCCGUAUCGCCUUCGCCUGCAGCCCCGUCCGGAGGGUUCGUAGAGCGAGCCGGCGGACGGAUAGAACGAAAUGACUUGUUUGUGCCGCUACGACGGCCCACGCCGUCUCAGCCACGGCCGCCCUCUCGACCACAGUCCGCCGUGGCAAGACCGGCGAGUCGGAGCGCCGCAUCUGGGCCUUCGAUAUCGCACCUGCAUUCCGGUGCUACCGGCGCUCCCCCAGCAGGCAGCGGUACGGUCGACCCAACUGCGCUGAUGGCGAGUCCUAUGCUCCCCUCCUUGACCGAAUCGCCGCCCGAAGGACCCAGCAUCUCUAGCGUAGCGAUGGCGGAGAACUCGGACUUCCUCUCGUUCUUGCCUCGGCGGACAGUGUCUAGCACCGAGGUAGGCAUCCAGCUCGGGAUGAGCAGCACACUGCCCCUGCCGCCCGACCCGCCCGGCGCACAGAUGAAGCGGACGAUGUACGGGACUGAGCUCGAGAGCGACACGCGCUUCGGCGACUUUGGCGUCGAGGGCGUCGCUUCUGGGUUCUGGGCCGGACUGACGCGACGUCUGUGAGCAGCAGCUGUGGUUGGUGGGCCCGUCAGGCCAUCUUUCGUGUCUAUCGUUAUUAUCUUUUACUACGUUACCACGUCUUGUGAUACUUCCCUUCCCUCCUUCCCGGUCCCUUUCGCUGCGCGCAUUGCGUCCGACUCUUGCCCCGUGCGACCCCCAACACUCUCCUUUCCUCAACUACGUUGCCGCUCCAGGCUUCUUAUCUCCGCCGUGCCUUCUACCCCCGUUGUGCGCGUUUUUGUCUCGCUUGGAUGGACGGCCGACCACGACUUCUCACGUAUAUCUGUACGAAGAUUUGAUUUGUGUUUGUAGUUGCCUACAUACAACAGGACCCCCG